AUGCUCAUAAGGACAAUACAGGUCCUUACCCUGAAAUCCACUCUCAUAUCCCUCCAAUCCCUCCUCUGCGAACCCAUUCCCAACGAUCCUCAAGACGCCCAAGUAGCCAAGCACUAUCUCUCCGACCGCGCCUCGUUCAACGACACAGCCAAGCACUGGGCUCAGGCUUAUGCUCAAGCCCCGGUGGGGAAGAGCCAGGGUGGAGCUGCGGGUAGCGGGAAGAAGGCGUCCGAUGCUGAGUUGGCUGGAUUGACUGAGGAGAAUGUUGCGUCGUUCACGGAUAUGGGUUUCCCUAGGGAUCGAGUGAUUCAAGUGUUGAAGAGCAAGAACUACCGAGGCAACAACGUCAACCCUGCCAACUACAACACUGUAAGCGAACUUCGUCAAUGA